AUGGUUAUUGUGGAUAAAAUAUUAUUUGUAUCAAUAUUAUCUUUUUUUGGAUAUGUUGUUGUAAAUCUACCAUCGGGCUUUGCUGCACCUUUAGAAUGUAAUAACGAUUACACAAAAGAGGAAUUGGACGAUUACUGCAAAAAUCAUGGAGGAGAAAAACCAGACAUAUGUAAAGAGUAUUGUCAGAAAGCACGUACGAUUGAUACCUCAUACUUACCACCUCCAUUGGACAAGUUGAAUCAAACUUUGAUUGGUCAAUUACGAGUUUUAUGUGAUGGUUUUUGUUACGAAAACAGUACAUGCUUUUGUACCAUAGGUAGUGGUGAAUUAGAUAAAAAACUAUUGAGUAUUAAGAUUGGACAGACCAGUCCAGAAUAUACAUUUGUUACUACACCGGUUGUUAUAGGUGGUAAAAAUAUCACUUUAGCUGCACUUAUUUGUGAAGACCCUAAAUAA